UAUUUUUUAAUUAUAUUGAUCAUCAAAAUAAGUUAAAUUAAUACUAAUAGAGUUUCUUUCUAUUGAUAUCGGACACCCUUUGAAAAGUUAUAUUGUUCAAAAUGUGUCUCCACUUAAAGCGUUUAAUGUUUCAAUUAAGCUGCUUACCACCAACCUUGGGACGACUAUUUUUUAAACUGACAAGGCAAACGUUGAUUUAUGGACAACCCUGUACAUUUAAAUUGUCAAUUGUCACUUAAAAGUCAAGUGUUACUUGGCGUUGAUUACAAAGAUCGAGCUUUUCUAACCUUAUUUAGUAAGCAACUUUACUGUGUGAAUAGCUGUCAGUGGAAACCAUCACCAGUCUAGAAUCAACAUUUAAACAUUGAUUCGUGCCUUCAUUUUCAACUUUCUGACAAUAUUUGGCCCAUUCUUUCGGCCAAAUAUGUUCUACAAGUCCAUUUGUUUCAAUUUUCUUUGUUAUUGUCUGUGUGAAUUGAUAGUAUUACCUUCCAGUCAAUGUUUGCCUCUUUACAAUAAGACAGCAGAUGGAAUGGACAAUGAAAAACCAAUCCAAUUUGAUAUUGAAAAUUCAAUUGAUGAUCUACUUGGAGAACCAGUCAAAUCGUUUAAACCAAGGCAACAGUUGGUCAUUAUUUCGUUUGAUGGAUUCCGCCAUGAUUACAUUGGUACCUUUAAUACACCAAAUCUAGUGGAGAUGAUUAACAGAGGAGUUUAUGCACCUGAUGGAUAUUAUCCUGCUUUUGCCACCAAAACAUUCCCGACUCAUUGGACUCUAGCAACAGGUUUGCACGAAGAAAACCAUGGAUUAGUCGAUAAUCGCUUUUUUGAUCCACUGCUAAACGAAACAUUUACCCGAUCUAAAAGUGGUAGUAAAUGGUUUGCCGGCGAACCAAUUUGGUCAACCUGUCGAAGACAAAAUUGUUCAGCAAAUGUACUUUUCUGGCCUGGUAGUGCUAGCAAUGCUAAGCCAAAAAAUCAACAUCAAUUUAACUUGCCGUACAAUGAGACAAUCACCUUAGAAGAUCGAUUUGAAUAUCUCUUGAACUGGAUUGAGAAUGGUAUUGAUCUUUCAAUGAUUUACUUUCAUCAACCUGAUCAAGCUGGCCAUGAAUUUGGGGCAUUCUCUGAACCAGUUCGUACGCAAGUCGAAAAGAUAGAUCAAAUGGUCGGAGAUUUUAUGCAUACGCUUCGAAAUUCUUCGAAAUACUCUAAUGUAAAUGUCAUAAUCACUGGUGACCAUGGAAUGGCUAAUCUAACCAAUAAUGGAACAAUCUACUUAAUUGAUUACAUUAACAUGACUGAUGUUGCGGUUGUCUCUCAAUUAGGUGCAGUAGCUAGUCUAUUACCCAAACCUGGACGAUUAGAGACAAUUUAUAAUGCACUUAAAUCUAGUGGUAAUCCUCACUUCGAGGUUUAUCGAAAAAAAGAUGUUCCUAAUCGAUUCCAUUAUAAAAAUUCACACCGAAUCAUGCCUAUUGUUAUGAUUGCUCAAGAAGGCUACAUAAUUGAUACAGCACCAAGAACGAGACGAAAACGUAAAGUAGCUUUUCAUGGGUACGACAAUUUGCUGCCAUCAAUGAGACCAAUAUUUUUGGCUGAAGGACCAUUAUUUAAACCAAGCUAUCUAAUCGAACCAUUUCAUUCCGUUAAUUUAUAUUCACUUUUUUGCCACAUUUUAAAGAUACAACCAGGACCAAAUGAUGGGUCUUUAAGCUCAAUAAGUCACAUUUUGACAGACACCAAUUUUUUAGAAACUAAGCAAAGAAAAAAGAAAAGAAGAAACUGAUAAUUAAUGGCAACAGUAAUUAUAAAAAUAUUCACAUAAAUAAAGGAAAUCAAUAUUUUUGAUAAAAA